AUGCCGUCCCGCAAGUCUUGGAAGGAUGCUUCUGUUCAGCAGAAGACGGUUGUGAUACCGGACUUAUCUGUCAAAGAACUACUUUCAGUCAUUCCAGCCCAUUGUUUUGAGCGUUCAACUAUCAGGUCCUUGUCUUAUGUCGUCAUGGACAUGACCAUCAUAGUCUCCCUUUGCAAGCUUGCGUACGCCAUGGACGCACUUCUGACCCCGGAGCACAUCACCUUGCCAUUCUCACCGCUAUAUCCAUUGGCGCGCUUUGUAUCCUGGACCGUAUGCACCUUCAUAUCGGGCCUGUUUGGUUUCGGACUUUGGGGCAUCGGCCACGAGUGCGGGCACUACGCGUUCUCGCAGCACAAGUGGGUCAACGAUGUGGUCGGCUUCGUCCUCCACUCCGCGGUGGGUGUACCGUUCUUCACGUGGCGGUACAGCCAUGCAAAGCACCACGCCGGCACAUCGCAUAUGACCCGCGAGCAGGCGUAUGUCCCGCGGACGCGCUCCGAGCUGGGCCUACCUCCGUUCAACCCAGCCAAAGAGGACCGCAUUGGGUCGCGGGUAUCCUCCGAGGUCCAGCGGGAGUUGUGGGAUGCCAUUGGGGACUCCCCCAUUGGAGCGAUGUUCACUUCGUUUGCUUACCUGACCAUCGGCUGGCCUGCAUAUAUUCUCGCGAAUACCGGCGGACAGCCGAGUUAUCCAAAGGGCACGAACCACAUUGACCCCUCGUCGGUCAUGUUCAAACCCGGGCAGCGAACGAUGAUCCUCGUGUCCAAUGUGGGACUUUUGCUCUGGCUCGCAGCUAUCGGUGCCUCCAUAUCUCGCUGGGGAUUCUUCGAAGUGUUCCGCACCUAUCUGGUGCCCUACCUGUGGGUGAACCACUGGUUAAUCAUGAUUACAUUCCUUCAACACACCGACCCCCUUCUGCCCCACUACCGAGAGGCGGAGUUCACCUUCCAACGCGGCGCGCUGUCCACCCUCGACCGCAACCUUCUCGGCGACUUCGGGCCCCUCGCUGCGCGGUUCGGCGCGUUCGCGACGCACGGCGUGUCCGAAGUGCACGUCCUGCACCACGUCUCGAGCAAGAUCCCGCACUACCACGCGUGGGAGGCGGCGGCCGCGCUCCGGGCGCGCCUCGCGCAGGAGGGCAUCGAGCUGCAGGGCAGGCCGGGCGGGUGGGUGGAGAUGUACCGUGUGAUGCGGGAGUGCAAGUUCGUCGAGGACGAGGGGAACAUCGUGUUCUACAAAAAUGCGUAUGGGCUCGCCUCUGCCCGGCCGGUGUUCGCGGACCACACCCCGAGCGACUCUGGUGUCGAGAUGAGUGGGAAGGACGAGUAA